AGUUUGUUUUGGUUUGUUUAGACCAACAAUUUGCCCAAGCAGAAGGAGCCUGCCUUCAACAGUGAGGCAACCUCAACAAAGAGGUUGGUUGGGUCUCUGCAAGCUCUCAACCCCUGCCAUAAAAUGAAACCAGCUACAAUAUUUUCUACAUCACACCGUCUCUUGGCGUCUACGCUCCCGAGCUUCCUCCAACUGCUCCCUUCAUGGCAUCAGAGGAAUCAGUGUGAGCUGAGCUCUUUCCCUGAAUGAAUCCAAGUAACCCCGGUGGUUGCCUUCUGAAAUGACCAGCAGACACACAUCUGUACAGAGGCUGCCCAAAGUAUAAACUCUGUUUCUAGAGUACCAUGUCCAGCCAAGGAAGUCCUGGUGUGGAGUUUUCUACGACAACAGUCAGUUCAGUAGCUGUGCAGGCUGGGGACUCCAAAAUCGUUAUAGCUGUCAUAAAGUGUGGCGAAUGGGUACAACUUCAAUUGGCUGAAUCACAGCCCAAUCUUCUAGAAAUUGGUAGCAGUCAGGAUGAAACCAAAAAACUUCUUCAUGAUCAUGAACUUCUUUUGGCCAAGCUCAAGGCUUUGGAAGAUCAGGUAUGGGACCUCUUGGAGGAAGCAGACAAGACAGCUGAAGAGAACAAGGAUCAGAGUCGGGUGUACGACGCCAUGGCCAACACCCUGGGGGAAGCGUGGGCAGCGCUGGUCUCCAUGCUUGAGAAGAGAAGGCAGCUCCUCAGGUUGACCUCGGAAUUUUUUGAAAAUGCCUUGGAGUUUGCCAUUAAAAUAGACCAAGCCGAAGAUUUCCUCCAGAACUCUCAGGAGUUUGAGAGUACCGAGUCCUUGAAAUCGCUGCUUCACCUCCAUGAACAUCAUACCAAAGAACUCUUAGAACGAUCUCUAGCCCUUUUAAACAAAAGCCAACAACUCACUGACUUCAUAGAAAAAUUCAAGUGUGAUGGCCCUAAUGUAAAUCCCGAGUUGAUUCAGGGAGCUCAUAACAGCUGCCUGAAGAUCGACAGUCUUCUUGAACUUCUACAAGACAGGAGACGACAACUCGACAAGUACCUGAAGCAGCAGCGGCAGGAACUGGGUCAGGUUCUGCAGAUAUGUCAGUGGGACCAACAAGAAAAUCAGGUUACUUGUUGGUUUCAGAAAACCAUAAGAGAUUUACAGGAACAAAGUCUAGGUUCAUCACUUUCAGACAAUGAGGAGCUAAUCCGUAAGCACGAGGAACUGAUAAUAAAAGCAAAGGAAUGGAAUUCGACUGUUGAGAAGCUGAAGAGCGAAGCACUUGGGAUCCUGCUCUCCAAGGACCAUGUGGAGAAAGAACACCUGCAGCUCUCUAACCAGAAACUGAAUCAGCUUCAGGAAGAAUGUGGUCGGCUCAUGGUGGAAAGGAAAACCUGGUUGAAAAAGGCAAACGACUUUUUUAACAGCGCUAACAAGGCAUUUGAUGUACUUGGAAGAGUUGAAGCUUACCUUAAGCUCCUUAAAUCAGAGGGUUUAAGUCUGCCUGUCUUGGCAGCGAGGCAUGAGGAAUUAAACAGAGAAAUUAAAGACUGCACAGCUGAUGCUUUGCAAAAGGGACAAGACUUAAUCAGCCAAGUAGGCUCCUGCAGCUGGCUUGUUCCUUUCAGCUCUCAGGGGACCGGCAUUCACGAGAUGAUGAGAUGCAUUCAGCGACGAGUAGAUCAUCUGACGGAACAGUGUUCGGCGCACAAGGAAUUUGCUCUUAAGAAACAGCAAUUAACGGCCUCAGUGGAUGGCCACCUCAGGAAGGUGGAAAUGUCAAUUCAGAAAAUCAGUCCAAUACUUUCCAAUGCAAUGGAUGUUGGUUUCAGCCUUUCUGAAUUACAGAAGAUUUUGAAUAAAUAUUUGGAACUAGAUAUGCAAGCUAAGGAGACAUCACAUGAAUUAGAAGCAGCUGCAAAACUUAUGACAAAGAAGAAGGAAUUUGAACCUGAUGAAGCAGCAUCUCUUUCUUCUAAAGUGAAAUGGCUAGAGGAAGAAUUAAACAUACUCGGUGAAAGGAUCGGCUCCAGGUCACAACUCCUGCAAACUUAUGUGACAUUUCUAAAGUCAUCAGAGGAGGUAGACGAGCAGUGUCAGAGCCUUAAGGAGUUUUACCAAACUGGAAACCUGCAGAAGGAAGAGGAUGAUGCUAAAGCUAAGCAUUGGUCUGACUCAGCUGAGAAGCAGUGGCAGCUAUUUGUAAAGAGGAGUUUUUUAACUCAAGACCUAGGGCUUGAGUUCCUUAAUUUAAUAAAUAUGGCAAAAGAGAAUGAAAUAUUAAAUGUGAAAAGUGAGGUGCACAUUAUAGAGAACACUAUGGAAAGACAGAAGGCAGAAAGGGAAGAACUCGGCCGCCUUCGGAUGGUAUGGCAACUUAAAGCCACUGCAAGCAAGCCUGUGAAACAGCAGUGGGGAGCAUUCAAAGAGCAACUUACAAAGACUACUCACAGCUUAAAACUUCUUCAGGAAGCACUUAUGCCUGUGUCUGCGCUUGACCUUGGAGGGAACCUUGAGACCAUUUUAGGUCUACGGAAAAAAUGGAAUGAAAUGAAGCCUCAAUUCCAGCAACUGAGUGACGAGGUUCAAUACAUUAUAAAAGAAUCAGAAGAGUUAAGUGGCAAAGGAGCCCCUGUGAAAGAGAAGUCUCAACAGCUGAAGGACCUUAUUCACCUCCAUCAGAAACAGAAAGAGAGAAUCCGAGAUUACGAAGAUAUCCUGUACAAGACAGUCCGGUUCCACCAAGUAAAGGAAGAGCUGGGACGUCUCAUCAAAUCAAAAGGACUGGAGUUUCUAGAACGGCCAACGGAAGUGGAUGAUGCUCAUGAUGCCCAGGUUUACCUCAGUCGCUCUCGGGAAAAGCAGGCCCAUAUAGACCAUCUCCAUAAAUUGGCCCUUUCCCUGGGAGUGGAGAUCAUCUCAUCAGUGCAGCGGCCUAACUGCUCUAAUGUUUCCGCGAAGAACCUACAGCAGCAGCUGGACACCCUUGAGCGGGACAGUGUGAGCUGGCGGGCCGAGGCCGAGGAGUAUGGCAGGACCCUGACCCGCAGCUUGGAGUACUGCACCACAAGGGACGAGAUAAACGAGCUCAAAGAGUCAUUCAAAGAUAUCAAAAAGAAAUUCAACAAUUUGAAGUUUAAUUACACUAAGAAAAAUGAAAAAGCUCGGAAUCUGAAGAUUCUUAAAUAUCAAAUUCAACAAGUUGAUAUGUAUGGUGAAAAAUUACAGACUUUAAAAAGGAAAAUGGAAAAAGUUGAAAAUAAAACUUCUUUAUUAAAUUAUCCAAAUAAUAAAGUUAGUGUUCUUCUGGAAGCCAUGAAGGAUUUGCAAAAACAUGUAAAAGAGUUUGACAGAGUUGUGACAGAUUACAAGAAGAAUUUGGACCUGACUGAGCAUCUCCAGGAGAUGAUAGAAGAGUGUCACUUUUGGUAUGAAGAUGCAAGUGCCACAGUUGUAAGAGUUGGAAAAUAUUCCACGGAGUGCAAGACAAAGGAAGCCGUGGAAAUUCUCCACCAGCAGUUCAAUAAGUUUAUCACACCCUCAGUGCCACAGCAAGAGGCAAGGAUUCAGGAGAUCAGUGACCUCGCUCAGCGCUUAUAUGGUUUUGAAGAAGGGCAGAAGUAUGCUGAGAAAAUAGUGGCAAAACACAAGGAGGUUCUUGAAUCUAUUACUGAAUUAUGUGCCUCUCUAACAGAGCUUGAAGAAAAACUGAAGCAGGGAGACAUUACAAGGAUGAGUCUGACUUUGGAAGAUUUCCACGAUGAAGGUAUUGGCCUACUAAAAGAACCAAUGAGAAAUAAGCAGACAAUAUUGAAAGAAGAAAGGAAUAAGGAGAACGCACAUCUAGCAGACAUUUUGGCCAUCAAUGGAACCAGAGAGGGUCAACUUCCCCAGGGCCUGAAGCAGCUGUCCCCUGACAAAGAGAGCAGUGUCCAACACCUGCUCCUGCCUGCAGACACACUUUCAGGAGAAGAAUAUGAGUGUGUCUCACCUGAUGACAUCUCCUUGCCUCCACUCCCAGGAAGCCCUGAUUCCCCCCUGGCACCAUCUGACAUGGAAGUGGAGGAGCGGGCCAGCCCCUCCCUCAGCCUUCAUAUAAGCAGACACAGGAUGCAGAUAGGGGCCGGCAGUCUAGGGGAGGCCCAGGAAUCUGGUCUUCCACCACCUGCUGCUUUUGCUGAUGCUUGCAAUGAUAACAGAGAAACAUUUUCAAGUCAUUUUGAGAGACCGUACCCCCAGGUCAAAACUGAGCUCCCAUUAACCUCCCGAGGAUUUCUGGAAAAAAGUACUGGCUUCCGCAAAAUCAGUGCUAAACAGCCAGAGAGCAUGCCGAGUGAAGUGCAUGGGAGAGCUUUCCAGCAGCACCCUCAGGCUCAGGGAAGUUCGCUAGAAACACAGGAGAAGAUGCAUGCUGAGAAUAACAUCACUAAAACCCGAGAUAGGCUGCAUGCUUCCCAGGAUGCAUUCUCGGGCCUAGGGUUUCCAUCAGGCCCCAGCUGGGCCUAUCAGAGGCAAAUGGUUCCCCGAGAAGAGAUUAAAGGUACCUCAGCAAAGAACAGCGUGGUCAGCCUAGCUGGCCAGGCGCCUAAUUUCUCCAGGCUCCUGUCUAAUGUCACUGUCAUGGAAGGUUCUCCAGUGACUUUGGAAGUUGAAGUAACAGGAUAUCCAGAGCCUACACUGACAUGGUACAAGAAAGGCCAGAAACUGUCUGCAGAUGGGCACUUACAGGUUUUACACAAGGAGACGAGACAUUUGGUGUCCAUUCCGAAGGUAUGCAAGGCAGACGCAGGCCUCUAUGUGGCUCAGGCCCAAAACUCUAGUGGCGUUCUCUCUUCCAAUGUCAUCCUCCAUGUGACAGGUAACCACAGGCCACCAAUCACAAGAAUAAACUGGAUAACGCUGUGUGUCAUCUAUGUUAGUGUGUUCCUAAUGUACUGGCUACUCACACAGUGACUGUGGGCUUGGCACUCGUGGACGGCAUUCUCGUGAGCCUAAAGGACAACACGGAUACUGAUUUUCCUGCACGAUCACCCACCAAGUAUACCUGCAUUCUGGCCAUAUGGCUUGUUGGGUUAACACCACUGCUUGGUGAAAUAAUCAAAUUUUCUUUAGUGCUUUAAUGUAUUUGAGGAGCUUGGUAAAUUACUAGCAGUGAAUAAGGACGCAUUUUUGUAUUCUAAAAAGAGAUAUGUUCUAGAUAAAAAAGUAAAAUUAUGCUAUAUUUAUUCCCUCCUAAUUUAAGACCAUGCAGAUCAAGGCUCACAUCAGCGUAGAGAACUAAGUUAAAUUUCAAAUCCAAUUGUUUGAUAAUUUAUUUUUAAUUGUACUCAUAAACAUCUCUUUGUAGAAUAACAGUAGAAAUCUUGAACUGAAGUUGUAAUUUUCAUUAUUGCUUUAGUUGUCCUUUAAUUUUGUUUUUCAUGUCUUGAUCUCAUUUAUUGAAAUACAUUCUAUGUAGUUUCAACAUAGCCUACAUUCCUGAAUCUGAGGAUGCCGAUGUAGAUAAUCAUUCCUCGUGUUGAUCUCAUGGGUUUCACGUUGGAGAAUAGAUGUGCCAUCAACUUUAAAUGAAGUUUCAAACUUGCAUCAGCUAUGCAUGUCAUAGAGCAAGAUGGAACAGGCUGCAGGGAUGGACCGACAGUAUUCCUGUCAUUCCAUUGACAUAUUUUGGGAAGCCAUGUAUCUACAACUGCAACUGGUUCCUCCUGUUUCUAAUCUUGAUUCUGCUGCUGCCCAUUUUUGCAGCCUGUGGAAGGACAUCCCCAUGCCUCAGUUUCCUAUUUGGAAAAUGGGUUGAUCAUCUACCUCAUGGGCAAUUGAGAGUUUCAUUUCACAUCUUGUAAGAUCUGAAAAAUGGAAAGCACUCUAUGAAGGCUAAGGGUAAUUAUAUUGUUUCAUGUAAUUUGUCACCACUGCCUCCUGACCACUAUUUCUCUUUCAGAUGCUGUUUCUUUAGAAUAUUAAAUUAAAGGAGUGGUGUUAGUGUGUGAUUUCCAACUAUUCCAUGUGGGAAAAUGAUGUUUUAUGAGUUGGAGAUUAAAUUUCUUUCUAAUUUCUUAGGACUAUAUCCUUUUCAAAGACUUGAAAUUAAACUUAGGAGGAUGUAUUUAGUAUGAUCUAAGGGGGAAAAGUAUGUAAUAAGAUGGCAGAAGAUGAAUUCUAUCCUUUUCUUGUAAUUAUCAGUGUAAUAUUGAAGAAUACUCUGUGCUUUCCUGUGAAACAUAUUAUUCAGAAAUGAUGAUCAUCUUUUUGGUUCUUUUAAAAAAUAAACAUAAAUAAAGGAGACAUUUGUUUUUUAAGUUUUAAACAUAGCCUUGUCAUGCUAGGGCAAAAUCUUUAGUUGAAAGAAUAAUUCAUUGUAGAUUAUUGAUGAAGAGAUUGAAUUAAUUAUGUUGCUGUAAGACUGUCUACAAAUAAUAAAAAUAUUUAAAUGUAAUAUAUUUAAGUUGAUAUUAAAUGCUUACUGGAUGUUAUCUGAAGAUGUCAAGUGUGUGGUUGAGUAAAAAGUUGGCAUAUUU